AUGAAGCACAUGAUAAUUAAAGGAAUGGAUGUUGAUUAUCAAAAGUGUAUUUGGGUUUUUCACGGAGAAUCAAACGUUGUUGAUAAUGAUGACAUCUUUGAGGAUAAUUUUGAUGAUGUCAUUGAUAAUACCAGUGAAGAUGGUAUUUUUAAGAUGGUAGGAGAUGCUUUUGACUUUCAUGAAUCUACAACUAGUCCAUCUGCAAUAAAUAUUGAAGCUGAAGCAUUUUUUAAGUUACUUGAAGAUGCUGGGCAACCUUUAUAUAGUGGUUGUGAAGAAUUUACCAAACUGUCAUUCAUUGUUGAGAUGUACCAUUUAAAAUGUCUAUAUGGUGUAAAAGAUGUGGCAUUUGAUGCACUAGUGAAAUUAUUUAAAAAAGCUCUUCCAAAAGAUUCUACAUUGCCAAAUUCUUUUAAAAAGAUAAAAACAAUCAUUAAAAAACUUGAGUUGGAUUAUAAAAAGAUUGAUGUAUGUCCAAAUGAUUGUGUGCUUUUCUGGAAGGAUAAAAUUAAACUAGAUAAUUGUCCAAUUUGUGAUGAAUUGAGGUGGAAAACGGCAGAUGAUGGUACAAUCAUAGAAUUGGUUAAUGGUAAAAAAGUCCCAAAAAAAGUAUUGCGUCAUUUUCCAUUGAUACCUAGGCUAAAAAGGCUAUUUAUGUCAUCUAAAACAUCUCAUCUCAUGCGUUGGCAUGUUGAUCAAGAAAAAGAUGACAAAAUGAGGCACCCUUCUGAUUCAUGUGCGUGGAAAGAAUUUGAUGUGAGGUAUCCUGAUUUCGCUAGGGAUCCUCGAAAUGUCAGGCUUGGUUUAAGUAGUGAUGGUUUCAAUCCUUUUGGAAUGAUGAGUACUCAAUAUAGUAUAUGGCCGGUUGUUUUAAUGACUUAUAAUUUACCUCCAUGGCUAUGUAUGAAACAACCGUAUUUCAUUCUUUCUUUGCUUAUACCAGGCCCUAAGGGUCCAGGAAACGAUAUUGAUGUGUUCUUGGAACCUCUAGUUGAUGAGUUAGAACUAUUGUGGAAGGUAGGUGUAGAAACUUAUGAUGCCUCAAAAUGUGAAACAUUCACAUUACAUGCAGCCUUAAUGUACACCAUCAACGACUUCCCUGCCUAUGGCAAUCUCUCUGGUUGGCCAACAAAAGGUAAACGUGCAUGCCCGUAUUGUAAUGUUGAUACAUGUUGCAUGUAUCUUAAAGGAAGCAAAAAACAGUGUUACAUGAGGUAUCGUUGUCUCUUAGAAGAAAAUCAUGAGUUGCGCCAAAAUAAGAAAGCAUUUGAUGGGAAAGUUGAGUUGGCACCUCCUCCUAGAUCUUGGACCGGAUCAGAAUUGUUAGAGCAAAUGAAAGAUGUUGAUGUCAUAUUUGGAAAGCAUCCUGAGACAAAAAAAUUGAACCAGCUAAACAAGCGGAAAAGGGGGGUUGAAAAAGUACCAUGGAAGAAGAUAAGCUCGUUUUUCAGGUUGGAGUAUUGGGAACAUCAUCCUGUCCGUCAUAAUUUGGAUGUUAUGCAUAUAGAGAAAAAUGUUUCGGAGAGCAUCAUUGGCACACUUUUUGGCAUUGAAGGUAAAUCAAAAGAUACUACUCAAUCACGUAUUGAUCUAGUACAUUUGAACAUAAGGCAAAAUCUUCAUCCUCAAGAAGUUAGUGGGAAGAAGACAUAUUUACCUCCAGCAAGUUUUACAUUGAGUAAGAAAGAAAAAGAAGAGAUGCUAGGUGUGUUAGCUUCUGUUCGAGUUCCAGAUGGGUAUGCAGCUAAUAUUAAAAGGCGGUUUAUAGAUGGUAAACUUUAUGGCUUGAAAAGCCAUGACCAUCAUAUACUCAUGCAACAGUUGCUUCCAUUGGCUUUAAGAAAAAUGCAAAAUAAAGACGUUAGUCGUGUUUUAAUCGACAUUUGCAACUUUUUCAAGGAGUUGUGUUCUAAGGCUGCAACACCAGAAGACUUUGAGAAGUUAGAGAAACGCAUUGUUGUGAUACUUUGCCAUAUGGAGCGUAUCUUUUUACCUGCUUUUUUUGAUGUUAUGGUACACUUACUUGUGCAUUUGCCAUAUGAGGCAAAGAUACUUGGUCCUGUUUUUCAGCGUUGGAUGUAUCCCAUAGAAAGGUAUUUGAACACAUUGCAGUCAUAUGUUAGAAAUAAAAGUUGUCCAGAAGCAUCUAUUGCCAAUGGAGCCCUUGCUGUAGAGUGUCUUGGUUUUUGUGCUCGGUAUUUACAAGAUGUGGAAACAAGAGAAAAUAGAUGUUCGAGGAAUGAUGAGGGGCAUGGCGAUGAUGUUGUAAAAGGAUUGUCUAUUUUUUCCUUAAAAUGUCGUGCAAUGUCCAAAAGAAGAAACUACAAGCCAGAUUAUUUUGUAAUUGAACAGGCCCAUAGCUAUGUAUUAGCUAAUUGUGAAGAGGUUCAAGUAUAUGCAAGGGAGUAUUAUGGCAUUAUUUGUGAUCAAUAUCAGAAUACGCCUGACAUCGUUGAUGAUAUAUAUAGAAAACAAUUUUCACAAUGGUUUUCAGUUAAUGUAAGUUCCAAAUAA